AUGGUCACACUUUUAGGGGCUUAUGAGAAGAAUAAUGCUAGUAUGCUUCAGAUUCUUAAGUCAAGGGAUAACUCAAAGAAAAUAGGUGGUUCUGUUGUAGGCCAUAAGUAUAUACGCAGAGAUAGAAGGCAGGAUCAUGACAGAUUGUUUGCAGGUUAUUUUGCUGUAAAUCCAGUGUAUUCACCUACAAUAUUUCAGAGACGUUUUCAAAUGCGUCGUCUUUUGUAUCUGCGAAUUUUGAAUGCAAUCCAAGCACACAAUUCAUAUUUUGUUCAAAAACAAGAUGUAGCUCAUGUAGUUGGAUUAUCUCCCCUACAAAAAAUGACUUCAGCGAUGAGAAUAUUGUCAUAUGGUGUUGCAGCAGAUGCAAUUGAUGAUUACAUACAUAUCGGGGAAAGCACUGCAAUUCAAAGUUUGCAACAAUUUUGUAAUUCAGUGAUUGAAAUCUUUGGACUAGAAUAUCUGAGAUCUCCGACACCAACUGACAUUGCUAGAUUACUUGCUAUUGGGAAGCGAGAUAUGGGAUCAGGCGUAAUGAGAAGAUUGCUUGCUAUGUCAGUCACAGGUGAGAAGGCAAUGCAACUUCUGGAGAGUGGAUUGAAGGUGAAGGAAUAUAAGUUGCUGUGA